CUCUCAGGGCGUCACAUGUGUGCCAACGCGCAUGCUACACACCCGAGCCACCCGCUCCCUCGGGGUUCACAUUCUCGACCCAGUUCACGCAACUCUCGUGCCCGUGAAACAAGAAUACGUACUUUCAACUACGAUGGACUAUUCGGACCCUAACGCCUUCACCUUGCCCUACCAGCUGACGAAGAAAAUCCGCCGUGAUGUUUAUCCACUGUUACAGCCGACCCAGCCCGAGCUGUCGGCAAAGGGAAAGACAGUGCUCAUUACUGGCGUUUCGGGGGGCAUCGGCAAGGCCAUAGCCGAAUCGUGGGUUACCGCGGGAGCUUCCGGCGUCGUGAUCACUGGGCGCAAGGUCGAUGUGCUCGAGGGUGUCGCCACGCGACUUCGGAGUCUCGCCCCGGAGCCCAGCACUAAAGUCCUCGCGCAUGCGGUCGACAUCACCAACGAGGCCUCGGUGGCGGCGCUCUUUGCGGCAGCCAAGGAGGCGGUUGGCAAGGUCGACGUGCUGGUCCACAGCGCGGGCAGCUUGGAAGGCGGGGCCAUCGGCGCCGUCGAUGCCACGACAUUCUUCAACGACUUCCAGGUCAACGUGCUGGGCUCAUACCUGGUGCUGCAGCACUUUCUCGCCCAGGCGGACGGUGUCGGCACCGUCAUCAGCUUCACGACGGGCGCCAUCGGCAGCGUCUUCCCUGGCAUGGGUGGCUACACGGCGUCCAAGCUGGCCCUUGUCCGCAUCAUGGAGAACCUGCACGCCGAGCACCAGGGCAUACGCGUCUUCUCGCUCAUGCCGGGUAUUGUCCUGACCGGGAUGACUGUCGAUUCGUUACGGCCGUAUGCCAAGGAUAGCGCCGCUCUCAGUGGUAGUUGGACACUCUUCCUGUCUACUCCACGCGCCGAGUGGAUGCGCGGCGGCUUGCUCAGCGUCAAUUGGGAUAUCGAGGAGAUGGAAGCCCAUAAGGAUCUGAUUGUUGGCGACAAUCUGCUUAGUCGGGCUUUUCUGAACGCCAAGCUCGGGAAGGAUGGACAUCCUUGGACUUGA